GACCCGGAAGUGGAUGGGCUGCCUCGGUGUGUCAUCGGUGGCGGCCGGACUUUGACUGCUUGUGCGCUCAGAUGGAGUGAAAGAUGACUCACCGCGCUCAUCUGGCGUCUUUAAUGCGUCUCACCAAUACCAAAAUCUUUAACAAGUAAUAAUAAAGAGAGGGAGAGAGCGGAGAAUGCAGCAGCUCAGUGUCCCAGCAGCUGUCCUGCUCCUGCUCCUGCUGUGUGGGACAUUUCUGUCCAGUGCAGGACUGGAGGAGUUCGAACCCGAGACACCAGACUGGAGGAAGACUUUAAAAACCAUCCGGAACGGAAUUCACAAGAUAGACACAUACCUGAACUACGCUCUGGAUUUAAUCGGAGGAUCUGAUGGACUGUGUCAGUUUAAAUGCUCUGAUGGAUACAAACCCAUUCCCAGACCUCAUUACAAACACUCGCCGCCCAACGGAUGCGGCUCUCCGCUGUUUGGAUUUCAUUUUGAUAUCGGGAUUCCGUCUAUGACUAAAUGCUGUAAUCAGCACGACCGCUGCUAUGACACGUGUGGACGAGAGAAACACGACUGUGAUGAUGAGUUCCAGGUUUGCCUGGAGACCAUAUGCAGGCAUGUACAGGUCACACUGGGACUGGACCAGAGUGUACAAGCCUGUGAAUCGGCAGUGACUCUGCUUUUCGACGCCGUCAUGCACCUGGGCUGUAAACCCUUCCUGGACAGCCAGAGAGCUGCAUGUAUCUGCCACUAUGAGGAGAAGAUUGACCUGUGAACAGCUGUGCUUGGGCUCCGAAACUCCUGACGCCUUUAAGGAACGUCUGAAGAGUCAAAACUCCGUCCUCGAUGUCUGCAACACUGCGCAGUUUAAUGUUUCCCUCAUUUUAAAGGUGCUGUGUGUGAUGUUUCAAAACCUGUAAUAAUCUAAUAAUAUAAAAGAUACUUUGAAAAACUGUGGUUUAUAAUAUCGCUAUGCAGUGCACCUUGCUCUUUACGGUUACAUUUUUUCUGGCCCUGAAAUUAGUUCUGUCCCCAAUCAAAAUCAGAGCUGCUCAGCUGGGGCUCUUUUCUGUAAAUGGUAAUUCGUGAGGUUUUUCUCUGAAGAGACAGAGGAGAAAUGUUUGUCAGUGGUUUUCAUUGCUGAAAAUAUUAGGCACUGGAGAAUGUUUAUUUUUUAAAGUGUCAUUUUUUUAAUUUUUUUUUUUGGAAACCUGAUAUUAUAUCAUAUCCCAAACUAGACAAGAUUUUUAAAUUUCUUGACUGUGACUGUUAGAAAGUUGUUGUUUUUUUAAUCAGGCUUAAAUGUGUCUCAGGAAUGAGAAAAGUUCACUAUGCACUUGUUUUGUGUUUGUUCAGUGCAUUAUGGAGUUGAUAUGAUGUCAGAAAUAAUCAGAUGUGAACACACGUUUUCCUUUGUACUUUACAUCUUAUUUUAACUUUUUGUUUCAGCCCUGCCCCUUUUCCUCUAAUGUUGUGCUCUUAGUCCCUCCCCCUCUUUUCCUCUAAUGUUGGGCUUUUAGUCCCUCCCCCUCUUUUCCUCUAAUGUUGUCCUCUUAGUCCCUCCCCCUCUUUUCCUCUAAUGUUGUGCUCUUAGUCCCUCCCCCUCUUUUCCUCUAAUGUUGUGCUUUUAGUCCCUCCCCCUCUUUUCCUCUAAUGUUGGGCUUUUAGUCCCUCCCCUUUUCCUCUAAUGUUGGGCUUUUAGUCCCUCCCCCUCUUUUCCUCUAAUGUUGUGCUCUUAGUCCCUCCCCCUCUUUUCCUCUAAUGUUGGGCUUUUAGUCCCUCCCCCUAUUUUCCUCUAAUGUUGUGCUUUUAGUCCCUCCCCUUCUUUUCCUCUAAUGUUGUGCUCUUAGUCCCUCCCCCUAUUUUCCUCUAAUGUUGGGCUUUUAGUCCCUCCCCCUAUUUUCCUCUAAUGUUGUGCUCUUAGUCCCUCCCCCUCUUUUCCUCUAAUGUUGUGCUCUUAGUCCCUCCUCCUCUUUUCCUCUAAUGUUGUGCUCUUAGUCCCUCCCCUUCUUUUCCUCUAAUGUUGUGCUCUUAGUCCCUCCCCUUCUUUUCCUCUAAUGUUGUGCUCUUAGUCCCUCCCCCUCUUUUCCUCUAAUGUUGUGCUCUUAGUCCCUCCUCCUCUUUUCCUCUAAUGUUGUGCUCUUAGUCCCUCCCCUUCUUUUCCUCUAAUGUUGUGCUCUUAGUCCCUCCCCUUCUUUUCCUCUAAUGUUGGGCUUUUAGUCCCUCCCCCUCUUUUCCUCUAAUGUUGUGCUCUUAGUCCCUCCCCCUCUUUUCCUCUAAUGUUGUGCUCUUAGUCCCUCCCUCUCUUGUUGGGCUCUUAGUCCCCCCCCCCCCUCUUUCCUCUAAUGUUGUGCUCUUAGAACAUCAUGAGCAUGUGAAUCUCACAGUAAACAGUGUAAAAACCUAAAUUAGAAUUGUUGGUUGUUUGGCUUUACAUUUCAUGUUUCAUUACUUUUGACACUAAUUAACUCCACAGUGCAUACGAGUGUUAGUGAAUGGUUGUAAACCGCACCGCUGGGGGAAAGUGGUGAUGAUGAUGAUGAUGAUGAUGAUGAUGAUGAAGAGCUCUGAACACACAGAGGGACUCGGGAACACAAAUGAAUCCUGAGGAUCAAAAUAAUUUCCCAGAAUUCCCGCUGGUGCCCCUGAGUAGCGCUGUGUUUACACACACUGUUCGUUUUAAUGUGAAUUCUCACUGAAGCAGUCUGUGCAGUCAAAUACAUGUUUUAGUCAUUUAUUUUCCUUUCUGUAAAGAGACUCCCAGGUUUUAUAUGGAAUGGUGUAAACGGUAACAGUGUUUGAAUGAAGAAAACGGCCUGCUUGAUUUGAGAGACGAACUGCACUUUAUUUAUUAAUUACUAAUGAGGUAGAGGAUUCUCUAUCAUGCAGUUGUGGUGUAUGGGGAAUUAUUUUUACCUCAAAUAAAAUCAUUUCAAUCCUA